AUGAAAAUAUUUAAAAGAAAUAAAACUUUGGAGAAAGCGAAUUUUGACAAAAUAAAUAAUGUACAAAUAUAUGGAGAAAAUAAAAUUCACUGCAAGGGGUUUUUCGUAUCAGGACCGGCCUUUUUAACGGUUAUCUCGUCCUUUCUUAUGAUAUUAAUCCCGGUUGCCAUCUUCCACGCCUUUACCUCAACAUGGCUCUUUGAAAAAGAUAUUUACUACGUCUCAUUUCUCAACCUCUUCUUUUUCACACUGACCAUUUACACCUUUUUUAAAACGAGUUUUAUGGACCCUGGUAUAAUACCAAGACAGAAAUCCGUACUAAACAUUUACGAUGUGAUAAUCCAACAGUACCGGGAAACGCAACCGCCACGACAGAAGGAGGUUUUGAUAAAUGGGAAUUUUUACAAGCUCAAGUAUUGCUACACGUGUAACAUAUAUAGGGGCAUACGGACUGUGCACUGCUCCAUUUGUGACAACUGCGUGGAGAAGUUCGACCACCACUGCCCCUGGGUGGGCAACUGCAUCGGGACGAGGAACUACAAAUACUUCGUGUACUUCGUUUUUAACCUGUACAUCCUGAUAUGCAUAACUCUGGGGGCGAGUAUUUACAAACUGACCAUAUGCAUUAACAGCCUAUCAGACCAGGGCUACAACACGGAGAAAAUAUUUAUUCACAUAUGGCGCAUGGCCACAGAUAGCAUCAUUUUGAUCAUUUACACCAUCCUAACCUUGUGGUUCGUCAUAGGAUUGCUGUGCUACCACAUCUACACAAUUGUGACGAAUCAAACCACGUACGAGCAGAUAAAGACCUUCUACCAAAACGAUAAUCCGUUUAAUAUCGGCGUUUUUAACAAUAUAAAGGAGAUACUCUUCACGAAGACGAGGCCGUCCUACAUCAAUUUUGUAAACCCCCAGCUACAAGUCGUGGAUAAGAAGUGCUCGCAUCAUGUAGUGGUCCUGAACGAUGUAGCUAUCAACAUAGAGGAAGUGCAAACUGGUGACGAUUCGCUCAGCAGUGGAGACAGAAGUGAGAAAAGGAAAAAAUUCCCCUCCAUUGAAUCCCAAGUAGUAGACUCCAAAUGGACCAAAAAGGGAAGAGACUAUCAUUCGAAAAAUAUUCUCGAUAGCAAAUGUAGAAGCAAAACGUACAACGUAAAGAAAAAGAUAAAGAAGGAAAAGAGUUUAGAAGAAUAUGAUAUUACCAAACUGAGCAACAUUUCCAAUAAAGCAAUUGAAAAAAAUGCCACCCAUUUGAAGAACGACAAGAAUAAAAAUACCAAGUUGAGCAAAAUGAAAUUAUCUAAUGUUAGGAAGAAGCAUAGCUACUCCGAAGAAUUAAGUAACGAUUUUGAACAAAUCAGUAAGUACACACAAAAAAGGAUCAUAAAUUUGGAUAACACCAUAGGUUCUCUAUUCAUUAGGAACGACUUGUCAUCCACGGGUAGCUCCAAUAACGACAUGUGCAGUGAGAUAUGCAACGAGAGCAGGGCCAGCUACGUAGGAGACGAAAUGAAUGCAGACGAACUGUAUGAGUACCAGGAUGAUGAUAUCAUUCGCCUGAACAGGAAAAGAGCCAACAAUAAUAACAACUACAUCAUUGUUAUUAAGAACUGGAAGAGAGACAGCGAAUGCUCUAGGAGCGGUAUUAGCAAAGGGGGCCUAAUUAGAAGCGGCUUGAGUAAGGACUGCCAGAGUAGAAGCAGUGUUGGAAAAAACAGCGCGGGAAAAAACGGCCUACGCAAAAAAGAUACACACGAUGGUGACUCCCUUGCUCGAGUGGGCCAUUCGAAACAAAUCAGACGGAAACAAAUUAACUACGAAACAAAAAUUAACUGCUUCAGCAACUUGACGCACGCGAGAAAAAAAGUAGAGUACCCAAUUCUGUAUAAGAAAAAAUUCCCAUUCAUCCGAAAGUUUAAAAGCAAAGUGGAGACCUAUUACGUGGUUAGAUACGCCAACAUAAAUAAGAAUGACUUUUCGACCUACUGCCAGCAGACCAGUGCCAACCUAGAAAUGAAUAGCGUCAAACAGAUGAGCAAAAUGAAGAUGAUAAAGAAGAUAAACUACUUGCGGAAGCUGUUUUCGAGGAAGCGCCAGCACGGCAAUGGUGGCCACAACAACCGGGGCAAGAUCAAAAUGUUCAGCACAGGCAAGAGUGCCACGCGGCAGGACGAGCCACUGUAUCGCAGCGGCGAUGGCAGCGGUGGCAGCGGUGGCAAUGCCAAGAACGGACACGAUGACUGCUCUGCCCUUGCGCAAGCCAACGAGAAGAUUGUACUCAAAAAGAGGAGGAAGAAGAAAAGGAUGAUGGCCCUGCAGAAGGAUGUCAUCAUCAGCAUAUAUAAUUAUAAGCCCAAUGAGAAGAGGGAUAGACCCAAGCAGUGGGGCGCAAACUCUACCAAGUUGGGAAAAAACGAACCACAUGAAAAGGAAUCAGCGGGUCAAGUGGACCAAACGGGCGAACAUAAACGCAGCAGCGGGGAGGAAGCUCCAGAGCUGUGCAAGCAAACCCAACUGCAACUCCAGGGAGACGCCUCCAUCAAACAUGCAGAAGAGAAACAAAAGAAAUUGGACCUGAAGCUGCCCGCGUAUUACCUCUCCGGAAUUGACAACGUUGAGCUGGAAAAUUUCAGCAAAAUUUGCGAAAUGAGGUACACCAAAAUGUACAAGUGGAAAUACAAGAAGAUGCACAAGAGGAUCCUGCGAAGGGAAAGAGUAAAACUGCUAUCCAGGCCACAUAAAAACAUCCACUUGUAUUAUAACAACAAAAAUUAUUGCAUUAACGAGUCUACAGACUGGCGUCAAAACAGUGAACUGUUAAGCGAGUACAUGGACGCGAAUCUUUACUUUGCGAGGAUUAAAAAAAACAGUAAAUUUGACAAUUUAAAAUUAUUUAAUUAUUUAAUUCAUAAGCAUAAACAGGAUAAAGACCGCUCAGAUAACAAAAAGAAAAGCAAAGCGUCCAAAUUUUUUUAUUUUUUCACAUCCUUUGCGCUAAUAAUUAAUUGUAUACACAUACCGUCUAGUAAUGAUAACGACUGAUGAUUUGGUAUGGAAGCUCUGCUUGCCCCUUUUGUGUUAUAUAUUUAUUUAUUUAUGUUUUUUUUUUUUCUUUAUUUUCUUUUCCCC